AUGUUCAAAUGUUCAUAAAUGACCAGCAUGGUCAAAUAAUAAUAUCUCAUGACAUACAUCGAAAUUGCUAUUAUGGUAACUCACCUGGAUUUCAGGUUAUUUCCAGACUAUAGCCCUCCCCAAUAAACUAUUUAACCUGUGCGGCUUUCUUUAGCCUGACAACAGAAAUCUACCAUUUUUGAUUGGCUUUUAAAAAUAGAGAGGAGGCGGUCCUGGAGAUCAUUUAUACGAGUGUCACGAGUGCCUUACUUUCAGUUAGGUUAUUUCCACAGCCAGGCACAGGCAGACGGAUCUUUCCAUUAUCUAUUUUAUUUGAGUACGAAUAAUUCCGAAUUACACCAAAUAUGAAGUAUAUUCUGUCAAUCGUUGUACUUGGGCUCAUUUACAGCGCUGUGGAGGCCAAAGAAUCUCCCCCCAAGGUGCAGGUGUACAGCCGUAACCCUGGCAACUUUGGCGAUAAGAACACCCUGAUCUGUCACGUGAGUGGCUUCCACCCCCCUGACAUCAGCAUCCAGCUCCUGAAGAACGGCGUGGAGAUCCCCGACGCCAAGCAGACAGACCUGGCCUUCGAACAGGGAUGGCAGUUCCACCUCACCAAGAGUGUUGGAUUCACACCAGCCAGCGGGGAGGAGUACACCUGCAGAGUCCGCCACCUGAAGAAUCUGAAGACCUACACCUGGGAGGCAGAUAUGUAAGGAUCUGGAGCAGGACAUAAUGGUGGCCAGUCCAUCUGUGGUUGUCCAAUCCGUGCCAGCCUUUAUCUAGAGCUGAGAUGACAAACUUGGGGCUUUUGUUUUCAUUUUUUGGUACCACUUUGUGCGAUGGUGCCAGUUUCAAGGGUUUUUGAAUUGACAAUCAUUACUAAAACACUUACACACAAAAUUGUUAAGAUUUUUUUUGGGAGGGGGGGGGCAAGCUAUUUUUAAUUGACAAAUGGCACAGCUUCUGAUGAACAUUCUCAAUCAAAGUCACUUCUUUCAAAAACACAAAGGCUUUUGUCAAGUAUUUUAUUUUUUAGAUUAAAAAAAAACAAACUUUAAUUUCCUUGAAAUUGGUACCAUUAGAUUCAAACACUUUUUCUCAUAAAUAACCAAUAAAUAAAUAAACUCCAUAACUUGCACUAUUUGACUGUGGUUUUAGCUAUAAGCAACAGUGUAAUGUAAAGAAUGAUAUUUGAUCCGCAUUUUAUUUUUUUUUAAAGCCCAAAUUAUUUUCGAGGAAGCCCCAUGUGAUAUGUAUUUGUGUGAGCUGUAAAUAUCAACGUUCAUUUUGGUUCGAAGGCAUUUAUCGAUAUAACAUCUCAUCUUCUGUCUAUCCUUCGAACAUUCCUGUAAAUUACCAAUUGUCAACAGUAAUAAAUGGGGGGUCUUUUUACAGGCACAUUUUUGCCAAGUAGAGAACUGUAUUUUCAUUACUUAAAAAAAAUAAGAUAUUUUCUGUCUUUCGGUGUAUUAUACAACACUUUUCUGUUCAGUUUGAUACAAAUAAAUGGUCAACUAUUAAAAAUAUUUAGUCAAAUAAAAAAUUAAAAAAUCA